AUGGUGGAGUACUACCAGAUCCUUGGAGUACAAAAAGGUGCAACGCAAGCUGACAUAAAAAAAGCGUACAGAAAACAGGCCCUGAAAUGGCAUCCGGACAAGAACCCCGAGAACAAGGAGGAAGCCGAGAAGAGGUUCAAAGAUAUUGCCGAGGCUUACGAGGUGCUCUCAGAUGAGAACAAGAGGAAUAUUUAUGACAAAUAUGGCAAACAAGGGCUGUCUGCAGGAGGAGGAGGCGGUGGUGGAGGAGGAGGAAGCCACAACAAUCACUUUGGCGGCUUCGGCUUCACAUUCCGAAACCCCGAAGAUGUCUUCCGGGAAUUCUUUGGUGGCAGAGAUCCCUUUGCAGAUUUUUUCACCAACGACCCACUCAACGAGUUUGUCGGGCACACUCGCCACAGGGGGGCGACUCGAACACGGACGGGCGGCAGCGGACUCUUGGAUUUCGGGGGCUUCCCUUUCGACUCAGGUUUUAAUGCAUUCGGCGACAUGGGCAGCGGUUUCACCUCCUUCAGCUCGUCGUUCGGCAGCAGCGGCGGAGGAGGAAUGGGCAACUUUAAAUCGGUGUCUACUUCAACGAAGUUCAUUAACGGCAAAAAAAUCACUACCAAACGGACGGUGGAGAACGGACAGGAACGCGUGGAAGUGGAGGAGGACGGCCAGCUCAAGUCGUUAACAGUUAACGAUGUGGCGUCAGAUGACGACGAGCAUCGCCGCCGCAGACACAAUCAACUACCUGCGCCCGGCUGGAAUCACCAGCGCUACCUCAGAAACUCGGCUCAGAACUUUGCGGCCGAAGAUGACGAGGAUGAGGAGGGAGGAGAAUAUGGACUUAGCAGAGGUCACACGGACUCCAAGAGAAAGAAACUCUGGCUGAAAGAGUCAAGACGAAGACGAGCGCCACCGCCGCCUCCGCGGUUCUUUUUCCCGCCUUUCGGUGGUUUCGGCCCUUUUUUCUAA